UUUGCAUAAAGUAAUAUAAUGUUUAUAAAGGGUUUACAAAUUAGGAGAAAACAUUCGCUAAGAAAUAUUUUCACUAUUUAUAAAGUUUUGCUAAUUCUAUAAAAAAAAAUAAUCUGUAAGCAAAACAACAACAUAAGGUAUCAUUUGGAAAAUAUACCAAUGGGGUCGAUUAUAUUCAUUAUAAUAAUAGGAAAUGCGGUUGGAGCAACGUUUGGACAAACAUACAAGGAAAUGGACUCUUUGUUAGGACAUCUCUUUGAUGAGAAAAGAUAUAACACAAUGCUUAGACCUCUCCUUAACCAGACUGAUGUUAUAAAGGUAAAUUUGACACAAUUUAUAAGUAGCAUCGAAUAUUUUGACAUCACAACAGGAGAAUUGCUUGUCAACGGGUAUUUUGAAAUAGAAUGGAUAGAUGAAAUGCUUAAAUGGGACCCAGAUCUGUAUGCAGGAAAGAAACGAAUAAUGUUACCUAGAGGAAAACACUGGAAACCGAAUUUUUACCUCACAAAUGGACCAGCAAAUGAGGAAUCCUCAGUUUAUGGGAGCGGAUUUGCACCGGCAUGGGCCACAUAUCAAGGAUCGGUAAGGACUAUUCCGGCUGGAAGUUAUAAAACAAAAUGUAAUGUUAACACUUCGUUUUACCCAUACGAUAUGCACACGUGUUACUUUAAAUUUAUUAUCUCCAACCAUGAUGAUACAGAAAUCAUGCUUAACUCACCAAGUACGGAUAUUAUCGUUAGUGAUUUAAAAGAAAAUGGAGAAUUGGAAAUAAAGGGUACCAAUAUAAACAUUUUGCUACUGAAGGAUAGCAACAUAGAAAAUGUGACAAUGCCAAUGUUUCAGUCAUCGUUUGCGAUAAAAAGAAGAGCAACGUUUGAAUUAGUAAAUGUAUUUAUACCUUUUACACUUAUGUCUUGUCUAAAUAUGGCAACAUGUUUUGUAUGUCCAAGCUCUGGAGAAAGAUUAACAUUUGCGAUAACGCUGUAUUUGUCAUUAGUUGUAACUACAACAGCUGCAACUGAAAGAAUUCCUGAAAACUCUUUAAAAAUACCUUACCUGUCGUACCAGUUUCUUGUAUUAAAUUGUAUCAACACUGUUGGAGUGCUAUGGAGUAUAUACAUCGUAAAUUACGCAGGCAAACCAGCAGUGCAAUAUCUCCCGAAUUGUUUGUUACGAAUAGUGAUGAAGCGGAGAAAGACAAAAAUAUUAAAUGAGGAGGAAGAAAAUCACCCUAUUCCCGCACACGAAGUAGCCGAAGCUCUUGAUAGAAUUUAUUUUUGGGCUAUUGUUUCGUGCAUUAUUGUUGUUGAUAUUACAUUUGUUGGAUUUACGUUCAAGAGCUGGUACAUGUAGGCUUUGAAAACUGUAUUAAAGACUAAUCAAUCUUUUGUAGAAUUUUCUUCAACAAAGAUUAAUUUGUAUUUAAUGUUAGUUGCAGAAUAUAUUAUAUUUGACAAAUGGACGAUUGUGGAUAUUAUAACAAUGUUAAGUUCAAUGUAAUUAAACAUACUUUUUAAAUGUUUCUAUUGUAAACAAAAACCGUUUUUAUUAUAAUAUAAAUAACUGAAUGCAUCACAAUUGCACACUCCUACAAUUUCAUUACAAUUUUAAUUGCCACAUUUUUUUUUCGAUUUUUUUUGCAGAACAUAACGUACUUUUGUGUUUACAUUAAAUUGAUUAGUUUUUACAUCUACCCCCUUAUAAUGCAUGCCUGUUUAAUAUCAUUCAAAGAGUAUGCUUCAGGUAUAUCUAUAUAUCUUUCACUAUGUAAAUUGAUUUACUUGAAAUUUAUGAAACAUUUCACUUGAAACAAUUACAAUGUUGCUUCAUUUCUGUUCUUUGAAAGCUAUCAAUUUUAACAAAGCUGCUUUUAUAUCAAUCAUUGAAUAUAAUUAGUCAUCAUGAAAAAAACUGAAUGGCCAUAUUUAAAUAUUUAAAGAUCUUCGUAAAAUGUGCCUCUUUUUCGUUGCUGUUGAUGUUGUUGUUGUUGUGUCUGUUGUUGCCUUAAAGAAUAAAAAAGUAGAGUAAU